CCCCUCCUCUCUCGUUGGGUCUUUUUGGAGCGCACCCAGCUUGGUUUGUUUGGAUUCCAAGAACGCUUUUGCUCCAAGCAUCUUUAUUGAUUCGAAUUCGCAGAGGGAUGGUUUGGCACUUAACUAUAGCAGUCGACAGGAAUUGAGGUUAGGUUCGUGGGAAUAUGUCUAAUGGGGGUCUUUUGUUGACGCGCGGAGCAUCAAAUUUAGUGUGUCCGAGGAUGUGCUAUGUUAUAAUAUUCACUCAGACGUGCAGAAAGUCAUGUGUAGACCGAAGCACGUGAAUAUGAUUUUAAAAUGUGUAGCAUGUAUGAAGCGACAAGGUGGUUUUAAUGGUAGCAUCCGGAAUUAUGGAGUAAGCAAGGUUUUUUUACAGUUAUGUCCUACGUUCAAAGUGUGAAGCCAAGAACACCAAGAGAGGGGGAAGAGCAAGGGUUUGGCACCAACUGUUCGGCGCCCUCCUUCGCCACAUGAUUACCGUGAGAGUGAUCAGCAUUUUGUUGGGCGCACCUCUUGAUUGGGAUAGUGUCAUUCCACCUUCUGUAACAUUCGAGGAAUUUGUACUUCUACUUUCAGUAGUUGGGAUACAUGUGUGGAGAAGUGAAGUGAGAUGUGUUCUGAAAGCGUUUGCUGAGUUCUAAGAGUAUCUGUGGUUGUGUCGCUGAGCCAUAUUCUUAGGCGUGAUUAUAGACUCAAUGUUCGGCCAGUCGAAGGACAAAAAACAUAAAUUUCAAGUUAACAGCGGCAACGGAAUCUAGCUUCCACACUGACGAGAUUAAGGCCAAUGUUGACUUCUAACUUCAGACGUAUGAGUUUUAGACUGACGAAGCUGUGAAGUUGAAGGACUUUUGCAACUGGUUGAGGAACAGCAAUCUGCCUUCAGACUGCAUAGAUGAUAACGAUGGCGUUAUUUCUUUGAUUAUUAAAUGUGCUCUCCUGUGCACAAGAGCCUACUCUUUUGAUGAAAGAAUGUAGCCUUCGCCCUUACAGCAACUCAACUCCCUGGCCUUCACCACUUCACCAGAUUUGUGAAGCUCUUGAUGGCAGUGCUUGUGUUGUACAAGCUGAAUGGGUAAUUUCUUGUAAUCUUCGACAAGAAUCAUGAAUCUUUGAUGCAGCACAUCUUCAACAAUAAUAUUUAUUGGUAACCAUAACUCCGUCUCGUGGCGAUCUUAAAUAGUUCCAAGAGGUAGGAAUUUUCUGACUACAUGGCCACUACAAACAAUCAACCCCAAGACUUCCAACGUCUGAGGAGGCCUUCAUGGAAUCCACCAUCUUCAACGCCGUCCAUACCACUGGGCUCUCGCCUUGGAGCGUACGCCGCCACCCCCAAAACGGUCGGAAAGAACGAUUAUUUCGACCUCAGUUACUCUGAGAAGCUCGACAUUAGAUUGGCAUUUGUGCUUUUCGAUUCCCGCAAAUUUGGAAAGCUUAACUAUAAAGACCUGAAGGCAGCAAUAAGAGGAUUGGAGUGCAACGUGAAAAAAGCGGACGUGCAAAAGCUGAUGUACCAGUAUUCGAAGGAGAAUGAUGGUGAAAUUGAUAGCGAUGAGUUUCUGCAAAUCAUGAACAUGAAGUUCAAGGAGAAACUAGACUCGCACGCGAGAGCGGGCAAGUUGUUCGAAAUGUUUGAUGAAGAAGGCAGGGGUAAAGUAUCAGUGAAGAACUUGAGGAAAGUGUCCAGAGACAUCGGAAAGACCUUUACCGAUGAACAGCUUGAGGCCAUGAUCCAUGAGUGUGACAUGGACGGGGAUGGCGAAGUUACUGAGAUGGAAUUUGAGGCGAUGAUGACGAAGCACCAGACAGCUGACACCAUCUAAGUGGAAGAGGACUUCUAAUGGGCUAUGAAGACGGCCUGCAAUUAUAUAAGUAAUCAUCCAGUAAUGACAGCAGAUGCAUGAAGAAGCUUAGAAGCAGCAACAAUUACAGGGUUAACGACGACUGAACUGAAGCUCCGUUGGCAUAACGGUCGGAGUUUUAAUUUGUAACGGAACUCUCAGACCUCGUGAAAUUUUCAUUCAGCCACCAUGACAAUUCUCAAAGGCUGCUGGUGUGGUCAUCAAUGUUCCUGGACGUGAUAAGAAUUGCAUCAAACACCCAACUGUGCAAAGCAUUUCGAUCUGAUCGCAACAGGAGGUGAGUCGAAGGCGAAUUCCAUUGUCUUGUCCACAUUGACUAGCCACCUCCGGCAAGUGGACAACAGAUCUUAAAGUAGCAGUGAAACAGGGUCUUCAUGUGAUGACUUUGUAUGUAUUCUUCAGUUUUAUGAGCUCAAAGAUUUUUAAUAUUGAUUUUUUUAUUCUGUAUGACAAUGUAUUGAAGUGUUCUAAGUCA